AUGCCCGUGUGGCUUGUCAAGCUAUUGGAAACGAAAGGCGACCUUCGUGCCAGUGGUGUCAUACCAGCCUUGAAGCAGCUGCUUGAUUUGAGCUCACGGACCGAGUAUGCGUAUCUAUGCCAUCCGGAUGUCCAACAUGUGGCAAAGCUAAACAGAGAAGGUGCAUUCUGCGGCUAUCGCAACAUACAAGUCCUCUCCUCUCACAUUAUUGGCACUCGCGUGACCGGGUGGGAGCAGCUGGGAGAUGAUAUUCCUAGCAUCUUCCAGAUUCAGGACAUGAUUGAGACUGCCUGGGAUCGCGGGUAUAAUGCUCGGGGUCGAGUCGAGACAGGGGGCAUCCGAGGGACGCGAAAAUAUAUUGGAACGCCAGAGGCCCAGGCAUUUUUCGCAAGCAUGGGGUUUCCGUGUACAGUGCAGGCUUUCAAGGCUUCUAGUGAAGACGAUAAUGCUUCACGUCGCCUGCUGGGUGCAAUCGAGCGUUAUUUUCAACAAGGUGCAGUAGACUCUAUGGACAGCAAAGUCCGAUCUACUCUACUCCCGCCGAUAUAUCUGCAGCGACCUAAACAUUCUCUUACGAUUGUCGGGCUGGAGAAGCAAAAAGGCGGCGAUGUUCAGCUCCUGGUAUUUGACCCCGAAUUCCAGAGCUCUAGUACAGUCGUCCGUCUUGCUGGCAAGGCUACUCUACGCAGGCAGUCCAAGGUCACCAAGCUUUUGGAGCCCUAUCGCCGCAGCGCUACCCACUUGGAGCGCUUUAACGAAUUUGAAGUUCUCUAG